AUGGAAUAUCUAGGGAUUGAUUUGAGUUGUGCGCUUGGAUCUCUUCGUAAGGGAAACUUCCCUGACAAAGAUUGCUUGCUUCCUCUAAUUUCCAAACUCCUCGGUUACGCCAUCGUCGCAGCUUCCACCACCGUCAAACUCCCUCAGAUUUUGAAAAUUUUGAAGCAUAAAAGUGUGAGAGGUCUUAGCAUGUUAGCAUUCGAGCUUGAAGUUGUUGGGUAUACUAUAGCACUGGCUUACUCUCUUCACAAAGGCCUUCCUUUUUCAGCUUAUGGAGAAUUGUUGUUUCUUUUGAUCCAAGCUUUCAUAUUGGUUGCCAUAAUCUACUACUAUUCUCGACCUAUUAGUACAAUCACAUGGAUUCGGCCAUUGAUAUAUUGUGCUGUAGCACCCCCAGUCUUAGCUGGUAAAAUUAAUCCUCUCCUCUUUGAGGCCUUGUAUGCAUCCCAGCAUUUAAUAUUUUUGUGUGCAAGGGUCCCACAAAUAUGGCAAAACUUUUCUAAUAAAAGUACAGGGGAGCUCAGCUUUUUAACUUCUUUUAUGAACUUCGGAGGUUCAAUGGUUAGAGUAUUCACCACCAUCCAAGAAAAUGCCCCCAAAAGUGUUCUACUGGGCUAUGCAAUUGGUGUUGCUACAAAUUUUACCAUCUUAAGUCAGAUAGUGUUGUACCAAAAGCCUCAGGCUACAAAAGAGAAGAAAGUGAGAUAA